AUGAACACCAACAACAAGCGCCCCCAUUCUCCUGACGCCACGACUUCAGCCAAAAAGGUAAACGAUGAUGUUUCCGCCCCUACUGACCGCCCCCACCUCGCCCCUAUCAACACCAACUUGCCACUCACACUCACUUCAGCUAACACUACUAACGAGCCGAGCACUUCUGCCCUUCCUCCCGUCGUUGCCGACAUCACCGAGCCUGCUCGCGAAGCCGACCCCGCCUGGGAAAGCGAGAGCUCGCCGAUCGAAGUCCCUGGCUCGCCUACACUUGAAGCCCCCCUAGCGUACUACAGGUCCACCGCGCCGAAUGCUCUCCCUGCUGGUAUCGCACCAGCUCCUCGCAUCGACGCUUCCCUCUGCCUUCCCGGACUGUUUCGGCUCGUCGUCAGCAUUUGGCUCAGGCACUUGGCUGCAUGCAAUGCGACAGACGAGGACGUGUUUGAUGGCGAUCUCCCCCUCGUUAUGCUCGAUGGGCAGAUCUGGUGGGGCUACGACCGUGCUCUGUACACCAAGUACGGCAACGCGGCGAUCGCAAAGGCAGCCCUUCAUUACGCACGCCACGCCUUGCAGCUUGACCUGAUUCACCUGGCCAACCGAACGGACGAGCUGAGCCAUUCGGAGCAAAAUGACAUCUUCGACAAGUGGAUCGAUGGUGCCGUGCAGCUCUACUCGAAGGACACACUCGUCGAGGUCAUUUGGGGGGAGGCGGGUCCGCCGCGGGGAUUUCAGGGCAAAGCGCUCCCCGAGAAGCGCAGAUGGGUCGUGGAGGAGCUUUGGAAGAGGUGCGCCGAGAUGGACGUGCCUGAUGCGAAGCUCAUGGUGAGCAUGAGACUUCUGAGCAGCGCGGACAUCCAGAUCGAGCUGACACUCUCCUCAUUGUCACCUCGAUCCUCGCCUUACCUCUACGCUCGACCUCACCUUCAAACUCACCUGGCCAUUCAGUUCAACUACGAGCUGGACAUGAACAUCUCUCUGACCGAUGCGCUGAAUGCAGGCUUGGGCAAGCGCCCCAAAACGCUGACAUUCCCCUCCACCGUCUGCCCUAUCAGUGAAAACGUCAAAGGGGAGGAGCGCAGGCACUACUCGGAGUGGAAAGAGGAGUUCCAGCGCAACGAGCCUCGCAUCCUCGCUGCGCAUCUCUCCUACGACGAAGUCGACGGCAUCGCUGCCAUGAUGAAGGCCUACUCGCCCUAUCAGCUGCGAUGGAUCCUCUCCGUCCUCUGGCCGAGCGUUCAUGGCCGCCCUGUUCAGGCGUACGUGCAAGAGGCCAAGGCAACGCAGCUCGAGGUCGCGGAGGCUCUUUCGAUCGUUCUCUUUGCCAAUCACUCGGACUGCUUCAAGGACCUCAAGCUGAGCGACAUCUUCGCCAACGAGGGGAUCCUGCGUAGCAUUGAAAAGCGUCAGGCAAAGGAGAGCGCAGACAUCAAGGCCAAGGGCGCGAAGUUGCACGCUAGGGAGGUCAAGAAGAGGACGAGGGUAUCAGUGCGGGCCUUCUUCAACAAGCUCGCCGGCAACUCCGCGGCCCGAGAGCCCCCGCAGGGAGACCGCAACGAGAAGACCAAGGAGCUCUCUGAGUGGCUGUUCGCGGACUGGCAGCGCAGUCAGACGUGCCCGAGCUGCUCGCAAACAGUCACGACGAUCACCUACGGGGAGCAGGGCAACGAGGAAGUCGACGCCGAGGACAGGUACCAUCCUUGGAACGCCUCGCUAGACCGGGUGGUACCGGAGCACGAGGGCGGGUCCUACUGGGUGGUAUCCAACCGCGAGAUGCUCUGCUGGGCUUGCAAUGCGCUGAAGGGCAACUUCUCGCAGACCCAGGCCCGUCAGCUCGUCCAGCAACUGAUCACUGUUGGACUUGACCGCUCGCACCUCGUGCAGCGUCGCAUCGUCUUGCGCAACGAUGCCAAACUGCCCCAAGUCGCUCCGCUGCCUUUCUUCCUUGACGAGAUCCGCGCAUGGAGCAAGCAGCAGGAGAUCGUCUUGGGCAGUCGCUGCCUUGAGUCGCAGAAGAAGGCAGCACAGGGAGGCAAAGGUAAGGUAAAGAAGAUGCUGACAUCGGCUCAAGAGCUCACAAAGAUGAUGCUGGAGCUGGUUGUCGCGCCGGGCGACAAGGUGCAGCUUCAUUGCGGCGUAGUCGUUCCCAUAGAUUACGUCUCCAUUGACCGUCUCAACAGCGAAGACGACUAUCGAGCAAGCAACCUGCGCCCUACUCUUUACGGCAUCAACGCUGUGAUCAAAGACGUUGAUGACGACACUGGCUUCUGGGACUGGAUGUGCAGCGCCAGAAGCAAGUUGUCCUCUUGA